CAAGCAUAAAUACUCCUCUGCAUUUAAGGUCCUUUUCAUGGGUAGAUUCUUCUAUCAAGCACACCACAUCUUGGAAAGACAUAUUAAGAUUGGAGAGAAACUAAGCCUGGCUGAUAUACUGGAGAAGGGUUCAAUGAGUACACUCCGUGGGUCCCCGCUCAAAUUCUCUACAAGGAUCAUAGAAGGAGAGGAGGUUACAGUGGUCUCGUAUGAGGAUAUAGAGGCCAGGGUGGUUAGAGGAGAUCUAGAGUGCUCUAAUGGAUAUAUUCAUAUUAUAGACACAGUUGUUAUGAAGAGACGUGAUGUAACCUUGUCAGGCGGAUGGGUCAGCCUACCUUCUCUCCUGGCAAUUAUAUCCGCCCUACUUCUUUCUGCCAUUAUUCAGUAAACAUGAGGCCUGCCUUAUCUGCCAGUAUUAGGAAAACAUCUGCCUUUCCCGAUGUGUGGCAUCUUUUUCUCCGCCAUUCUUGAGAUAACUUCUGCGCUCUUUUGCUGUUCCCUGAGGAUAAAAUCUCAUUUUCUUUAAUUUUAAAGUGCAUAUUUAGUCACGGCGGUGUUAAAAUUGCGGAUUUUUAUAAAGUAAAUUAACCUAAAGCUAGAAAUAUAUUAAAUAUUUUUAUGCUUUUAUUUAUUCUCUAACUGCGCCAAUGCUUCUGCAACUCCUUGAGGAUUCAAUAUCUUAUGAUAAAAUAAUUUUCAUCAUAUAUAUUUUUAUCGUGAUAAAAAUACAACAUUUUGACCAUUUUAUUUUAAUUCAAGUAAGUGAGAAAAUAACGAAGUUUGAUCGUCUUUUUACAUGUUUCCAAAAGAAUAA